UCCACGAGUAGACGAUCGGAUCGAUGGUCGCAACACAGUAGUUAGUUGUAUCUUUCCGCACUAGAUCACUACCCCCGUAAUAACAUCCAGGCCUUCUUCUUCUUCCCGAUCCGCGACUCAUCUUCUCGAAAAAGCAGCGGAAGUAGCUUACGGCGAUGGUGAAGGUGUUGACCUACUUUGGGAUGACGUUGGCUGCUUUCGCCUUCUGGCAGUCCAUGGACAAAGUCCACGUCUGGAUCGCUCUUCACCAAGACGAGAAGCAAGAAAGGAUGGAGAAGGAGGCUGAGGUCAAGCGGGUUAGAGCUGAGCUGCUGCGGAAGGCUAGAGAGGAGGAUCCUCUUGCCUGAUCAUCAUCUUCAGUUGUAAUUUGGAUUUCUAACCAAAUUUGAGUUUUUUUUUUUUCCCAUUGUUAUGGACCCAAAAUGGAGUUUGCAUAAAACGACAAUAUCAAAAUCCUCUUUGGAUAUGGAUAUGCUAUUGAAUGUGGGAAUGAUGAUCAUGAAUAAAUAGCUUCCUCUUUGUU